GGAGGGGGUGAGGAGCGCCGGAAACGCGUGUCUGGAGGCCGGGGACCCGCCUCCGACCGCCUCCCGACUCUGGGGCUUUUUAAGGCCAGUCCUCUCCGCAGCCAUCCCCGGCGGGGAAAACGUAGCGCGCAUGCGGCGCCGGGCACCCUCCAGAUAGUCUCAGCAGAAGCGUGGUUAGACAAAAUGGCCCUGGUGCCCUAUGAGGAGACCAGGGGAAUGGGGCUCCAGAAAUUCCACCAGCCUCUUGCCACUUUCUCCUUUGCAAACCACACGAUCCAAAUCCGGCAGGACUGGAGGCAGCUUGGAGUCGCAGCAGUUGUUUGGGAUGCGGCUGUUGUCCUUUCCACGUUUCUGGAGAUGGGCGCUGUGGAGCUCAGGGACUGCUCUGCCGUGGAGCUGGGUGCUGGCACAGGGCUGGUGGGCAUAGUAGCUGCCCUGCUGGGUCAAUGGGAAAUAAUGUACCAACAGUUUUCUGGGUUACAAAAGCAACAAAAUUGGGAAGAAAUGAAAAGCCAUGAAUUCAAUGUGGGAGGAAGGAAGAAAAAAAACUAUACUUGGAAAAGGAAAAAAAAACAAAAAACAAAAAACAAAAAACAAAACUACACUUGAAAAUAUUUGGGCUAUAGUCCAAGUUCUGUUACUAAAUCAUUACUUGAUUCUCUUAUCUCUUCUGUAAAAUAAACACAUCUAGUUGUAGCCACAAAAUAUAAUUGCUGUAAGCAUUAAAUAAGGUCAUGUAUAUCAAAGUACUUUCAAAACUGAAGUCUGGUCCUACUGACCAUAUUUUCCUAUAUAACACUGAUUUAUACAUUUGAUUAUUCCAAAAGGAUUUCAGAGUUUCAAUAAAACACAACUAAAAAGAUAGAAGUCAAAAAACUGUUAUGUCUCUAGGUUUACAUAAUGAUCUACUAGAAAAAUCUAGACUUAAGGAAAUAUAAUAAAUUUAGUUGAGAUUCCAUACAACAUGUAAAUGUAUAAGACAACAUGUGUAUGGUAAACAGAAGGAACUAAGGGAUAUUUCACCUUACUAUUGAAGAGGAACAUUUUAAGUUUUAUUAACACUCUAACACUUUACCACUUGAAUUGUGACAUGUUCAUUUAUUGAGCUAAGAAUUAUAAAUGCUGUUGUAAAUGUAUUAGUUAUAUUGUUCCUUAAUGAAAAAUCAACUUGUUCUAUCAAAAACUGUGUGUGCACAUACAGAGAAGAAAUAAAAAUAAAGCUUUUAAAAAUCUCAAAAUGU